GGGGUUCGAAUCGAGAGUUUGGCUGGUGGGGGAAACGCGAAGGGGAGCCAAAAGGAACUGAUCAGAUCCGAACUGCUGCUUGCAUCACUUGGGUAAUCCGAACCGGACUAACUAACUAACUAGUUAUCUGGGAUUUUGCUUAUCAAGAUUCAGAGUUAAUUCAUUAGUAUUUAAUGCCCGUCUCGCGCUCGUUCUGGCGGCUCCAGGUCUGCCCUGUUGGAGUAUCCGCACUGAAGACAUUCCCUACCUUCAGAGCUACAGCUUCGAUUCCACGUCGUAAAUUCCACGAAAUGGCCGGUCUGUCUGUCCAGCUGAAGGCCCCCAAUGGGCGCGAGUACACCCAGCCCAUUGGUCUCUUCAUCAACAACGAGUUCGUGGCGUCCAAGUCCGGAGCAAAGAUCACGUCAAUCAAUCCUACGGACGAAUCUGAGAUCACGUCCGUCUAUGCUGCUGGUGCGGAGGAUGUCGACCUUGCCGUCCAGGCUGCUCGCAAGGCACUCAAGGAUCCGUCCUGGAAAGACUUGUCGCCGACGGACCGUGGCUAUCUGAUGAACAAGCUGGCCGAUCUGGUUGAGAAGCACCAGGAGACGCUGGCCACCAUUGAAACCUGGGACAACGGAAAGCCAUAUACCGUCGCUCUGGGCGAGGAUCUCCCCGAAGUCAUUAGCACCCUGCGGUAUUAUGCCGGUUGGACAGACAAGAUCUAUGGCCAGACCAUCAGCACAACUCCCGCAAAGUUCGCAUACACCCUUCGCCAGCCCAUUGGCGUUGUCGGCCAGAUUAUUCCCUGGAACUACCCGCUUGGAAUGGCUGCUUGGAAACUGGGUCCUGCCCUCUCGUGCGGAAAUACAAUCGUGAUGAAGGCGGCCGAGCAGACUCCCCUGAGCAUCCUCUACCUGGCCACUCUGAUUAAGGAAGCUGGCUUCCCUGCUGGUGUUGUCAACAUCAUCAACGGCCAUGGAAGAGAGGCCGGUUCCGCCCUUGUGCAACACCCCAGUGUUGACAAGGUCGCUUUCACCGGUUCCACUGCCACUGGACGUGAGAUCAUGAAGAUGGCCGCUGGAACCCUCAAGAACGUUACCCUUGAGACCGGUGGCAAAUCUCCUCUGCUUGUCUUCGAGGACGCAGACCUCGAGCAGGCCGCAAAGUGGGCACACAUCGGAAUUAUGUCUAACCAGGGUCAGAUCUGCACUGCAACCUCUCGUAUCCUGGUUCAUGAUUCGAUUUACGAUAAGUUCGUGGCUCUGUUCAAGGAGGUCGUUCUGACGACUAGCAAGGUCGGCGAUCCCUUCUCGGACGAGACUUUCCAGGGCCCCCAGGUUACAAAAGCACAGUAUGAGCGUGUGCUCUCAUACAUCGAGAGCGGAAAGUCUGAGGGUGCUACGCUCGUCACCGGCGGCGAGCCAUACAAGAAUGUCGGAGACGGCAAGGGUUUCUUCAUUGCCCCUACCGUGUUUAGCAACGUCAAGGAUAACAUGCGCAUCUACCGCGAGGAGAUCUUUGGCCCAUUCGUCGUCAUUGCCAGCUUUGGAAGCGAGGAAGAAGCAGUGGCCAAGGCCAACGACAGCACCUACGGUCUUGGAGCGGCCCUGUUCACGAGGGACAUCGAGCGUGCUCACAGAGUGGCUGCAGAGAUUGAAUCUGGCAUGGUUUGGAUCAACAGCAGCAACGACAGUGACUUCCGAGUUCCCUUUGGUGGCGUUAAGCAGAGCGGUAUUGGACGUGAGCUCGGAGAGGCUGGCCUGGAGGCAUACACACAGGUCAAGGCCAUUCACGUCAACAUGGGAACGAAGCUGUAAAAGUGGUGAUGUUUUGGAUAUCUUGCAUGUAACGAUGUACUGAAAACUCAUGAUACUAUAUAUCAGCACGAACCGCAAUCCUGUGGACAUUGGCCGCAGCUAGAUUGCGACUUUUAAUAUACUGAGGGCGAUUUAUCAACCAAAUAUGUAUGACCGAAUAGCAUAUUUCCUUGGAUUAUAUACUGCAUAAUUAUUCUCGUUACAAUAGGAUCUAAGGUCAUCUUCCAUGAUGGACACUGAACGAUAGCCUCGCG